AGUAAUAGCGAAGUGAAAAUUGCUGAGAAUAUGGUGACAAAGGAUGAGAAAAACGUAACAAAAUGGCUGUCGGGUUCAUGGCCGUUGCAGCCAUUCGAUGAAAAUCUACCUCUCAACAAACGUAAAGCAGAGUGGGUUCGUUUUCGGAACCAGUUUGAGCGCAUCGUUGCCUGUAAAGAACCAGUUGGAGCUGCUAUGCGUUUGACCGGAUUAAAGAUCUUCGCCGGUAAUUAUUUACUGAGCGUGAUCGAAACUCAGGAGCUUCUGUGUGCCGAUGCAGGGAACAUCUACAGUGCAACGAUAUCAGCACUAAACAGCACCCUCGGAGGAGGAGGUAUGUGUUCCGGGACAACAAUUGAACGAUCAUUCUCAGUUGAUGGAAUCUGA